CUGAGCCAGCGCCGCUCGGUGUUUUUGAGGCUGGAAGCGGCGGACCCAGUGCUCGGGUCUACAGAGCUGCAGAUCCAGGCUCCGCCCCGCAGGUGAGCGGGCUCAGGUUGCACACCCAUGAGGCUGGCCAUGGGUAGGUGGAUGCCUGGGACACCAUGAUCUGAAACCUUCUCAGCCCAAAGCACCCUCUGGCCCCACAGAAGCAGGCAACAUGCCUAUCUCCAAGUGCUUGAAGAAGUCGGAGCCCCUGUGGAAGGGAUGGGACCGGAAGGCCCAGAAGAACGGACUGAGACACCAGGUGUACGCGGUCAAUGGUGACUGCUAUGUGGGCGAGUGGAAGGACAACAUGAAGCAUGGAAAAGGAACACAGAUCUGGAAGAAGAAAGGAGCCAUCUAUGAGGGAGACUGGAAGUUUGGGAAGCGAGAUGGCUAUGGCACCCUCAGCUUUCCUGACCAAGAGAUGGGAAAGCCCAGGAAAGUAUACUCUGGCUGGUGGAAGGAUGAUAAAAAAUCGGGCUAUGGGAUUCAGUUUUUCGGACCCAAGGAUUAUUACGAGGGUGAGUGGUGUGGCAACCAGCGCAGCGGAUGGGGCCGCAUGUACUACAGCAACGGCGACAUUUACGAGGGCCAGUGGUUGAACGACAAGCCGCAUGGGGAGGGCAUGCUGCGUCAGGAGAACGGGAACCGCUACGAGGGUUACUGGGAGAGAGGCAUGAAGAAUGGGCCAGGCCGUUUCUUCCACCUGGACCACGGUCAGCUGUUUGAAGGCUUCUGGGUGGACAACGUGGCCAAGUGUGGCACCAUGAUUGACUUUGGACGUGAUGAGGCACCUGAGCCCACCCAGUUCCCCAUUCCUAAGAUCAAAAUUCUGGACCCUGAUGGCGUGCUGGAGGAAGCCAUGGCCACAUUCAGGAAGACAGAAGAAGACUGAUGCCAGGUUUCCUCCCCUCAACUACAGGGCAGUCGUGGUCCUUGCCACCCCCCAGGUUACUGUGGUUAACAUGAACAUGAAA